UCCCACAAUGCAACGCGCUGCCUUUUGAGCGGCAGCGACUUUCAACGUGUGCCGAAAGUGGUCAUGUUAUGAUCGCACGAUAAAUAAAAAACCGUCUUGCUUUUCAGAUCAUUUGGCCGUUUCUGUUCCCGGGACUCCGUGCAUGAGUUAGUCCGGCAGCGGCGCGUCUGCGGAGCGAACAUGUCUUUGGUUUGUGCGAUCUCAAACGAGGUACCGGAGCACCCAUGUGUCUCUCCAGUCUCCAAUCAAGUGUUUGAACGCCGUCUCAUUGAAAAAUACAUUGCCGAGAAUGGAGCUGACCCCAUCAACGGGCAGCCUCUGUCUGAGGAGCAGCUCAUUGAUAUCAAAGUCUCUCAUCCAAUUCGGCCUAAGCCGCCUUCUGCCACCAGCAUCCCUGCAAUUCUGAAGUCACUGCAAGAUGAGUGGGAUGCCGUGAUGUUGCACAGUUUCACGCUGCGCCAGCAGCUGCAGACAACGCGUCAGGAAUUGUCUCAUGCACUCUACCAGCAUGAUGCUGCCUGCAGGGUGAUUGCUCGUCUCACCAAAGAGGUCACCGCUGCCAGAGAGGCCUUGGCCACACUCAAACCUCAAGCUGGACUGGUUGCUCCUCAGGCUGCUCCCGCCUCCCAGCCUGCUGCUGUGGGUGCGGGUGGUGAGCCAAUGGAGGUCAGUGAACAGGUGGGAAUGACUCCGGAGAUCAUACAGAAGCUGCAAGACAAGGCCACUGUCCUGACCACAGAGAGAAAGAAGAGGGGAAAAACGGUGCCAGAGGAGCUGGUUAGAGCCGAGGAUCUCAGCAAGUACCGCCAAGUGGCCUCUCAUGCUGGUCUUCACAGUGCCAGUAUACCUGGAAUCCUUGCUCUGGAUCUCUGCCCGACAGACACCAACAAAGUGCUCACAGGUGGAGCGGAUAAGAAUGUGGUGGUGUUUGAUCGUCGAGAGGAGCAGAUUGUGGCCACACUCAAAGGCCACACAAAGAAGGUCACCUCCGUCAUAUACCACCCGUCCCAGUCUGUGGUGUUUUCGGCAUCCCCAGACAGCACUAUCCGUGUUUGGUCCAUCUCAGCGGGCAACUGUGUUCAGGUGGUUAGAGCUCAUGAGGCGGGAGUUACUGGCCUGUCCCUCCAUGCUACUGGAGAUUAUCUGCUCAGUUCAUCCGAGGACCAGUACUGGGCCUUUUCUGAUAUCCAAACCGGCCGCGUUCUCACUAAAGUCACUGAUGAGACAGCAGGAUGUGCACUGACCUGUGCUCAGUUCCAUCCUGACGGGCUGAUUUUCGGCACCGGUACAGCGGACUCUCAGAUUAAGAUCUGGGAUCUGAAGGAGAGAACCAAUGUGGCCAACUUCCCUGGCCACUCCGGCCCGGUCACUGCCAUCGCCUUCUCUGAGAACGGAUACUACCUGGCUACUGGUGCUCAGGAUAGCUCUCUGAAGCUGUGGGAUUUGAGAAAGCUGAAGAACUUUAAGACGAUCACUUUGGACAAUAAUUAUGAGGUGAAGUCUCUGGUGUUCGACCAGAGUGGAACUUACCUGGCUGUUGGAGGAUCUGAUAUCAGAGUUUAUAUCUGCAAACAGUGGUCUGAGGUCCUCAACUUCACUGAUCACGGUGGUCUGGUGACGGGGGUGGCGUUUGGCGAGCAUGCGCAGUUCUUGUCCUCCACUGGAAUGGAUAGAAGCCUCAAGUUCUAUAGCCUGUAGGGCAGAGGAAGGCAAGAAAAAAGGAGAAGUGAACAGAGAGGAAUAGAAAUAAUAAUCUAGUCCACAGGCCAUUCUAGUGGGUAAGAAAGAAACCAAGAGCAGUAGAACCCAUUCAUGUGAAGAAGUUAGGACCCUAAUAUUUCCUCAUUUUUCUCAGCCUGUAUGUGAUUACAGACAAGAUUGAUUCAUUUACGUAUACAUUAUUUCGUGGUGACAGCUGAACUUCAUAAACGCAGACCUUCUCUUCCAUUUGGUCAUCUAUCACAUGGCCAUUUACUCUAUUGUGGAUUUCUGCUUAAAUAUUUUUAGUGGAUAUUCAUUAUUUUGCUCUUGUGUUGCUCUUUUGAUUUCAGCCAUAUUUUCCCCAGCUUUUUUACUUGUAGGGCUGCCUUUUCUGUUUUCUUUGUAGCUUAGUGAUCUUGCUGUUGGUAGUCUCUCAUUUUUAUACCCUGUCCUGAACUGAAACCACAGUGCGAAUUAAUUUCAAUAAAGACUUAAUGCUGUUUUUAAUCUG